ACAGCAGGAAGUUCAUCAGUAACAGACGACGCUUCUACUCACACGCUCGUUUACGUGGAUGCAGCAGUUUGUUUGAAAUGCUGGCUGUCCUGCUGGCAGUGUGACAGUGGAAGAAACUUCUGUAAAAAUGACACUUAACCGAGCUCUGUUGGUGUUAAUGUGUGCGUCGGUGUCGUCCGCGGUGAGGAUUUUAUCAGGACCUCUGAGCUGCGGCCGACAGGAUUUGAAUUGUACAGUCAGCACAGGUAACUGUAUGGACAGAGGGUGGCUGGAUUCUCAUGAAUAUACUCCCAGUGGUCCAGAGGAGCUGCAGGCAUCAGUGGACAUCAAGCAGGAUGAGGCAGGACACCUGCAACCUGUACUGAACGCUACCUGGAAGAUAAGGGAUGAUGGCAGUAUCCGUUUCCUGAAUGCCACUGAGCUUCACGUUCUGGUGGUGUCCACCAAUCACAACCUGUGUGUUCGAUAUUCUUUCAAAGACAAACUUCCAAUGAGAAAUCCAUCAGGGAAAAAGUGGUCAUUCUCAGCUGACAUGCUGGUGUUGGUCCCUGGUGAGACAUACCGGGUGUCUGUCUUCAACAUCCCCAAACCAGAGCUCGGCCACAGCUACUAUGACGUCAGCACCGAUGUCAUUGUCCCUGGCUGUCACCAUCCCAAAAUGCAAAUGACCCAGUUUUGCAUAGAGACAGGAAGUCUGUGGCAGCCUAACAUCAGUCUGGCUCAGAUCACUGCAGACAGUGGAAAGUCUGCUCUGGCUGUUAGCUUCAACACAGAUAGACUGUGUGAAGACUAUGUUGUUAUUGUUAGCUGCGACGUUAACAAACAUCCUCACAGCAUAAAAAAGAACAAUUUGACGAUCCUGAAUAUGUCAUUCAUUCUUGAUAAAUGGCCAAGAUCCUGCUGCCAGUUUUGUGUUGAGAUAAAUCCCCGUUUCCCACAAUGCUGGCCGGACUGUACCCGUCAAAAAAGAACUCAGAAUAUUUGUACUGCAAAGCGAACAGAUGCCCCAGAUGUCCCUUGGUACACAUUAACUGUAAUAGGAGUGGUGUCUAUGUGCAUCGUGGUGGCAGUUGGGAUUUAUGUCCUCUGCAGGAAAUCAGAUCAAACUGGUAAUAGUCCAGCACGUAAGAAAGAUAAGAAAACGUUCCAACAGCCACUUAAACAGCCUCCCAAAGUGCUGGUCAUCUACUCCCAGGAUCACCACUUGUAUAGAGACAUAGUGCUGAACCUCUGCAGUUUCCUCCAGGCCAAGUGUGGCACCGAGGUGCUGGUAGACCUGCUCGACUCCACAUCAGUCAGCAUGGUGGGUCGCCACCGCUGGCUUGAGUGGCAACGACAACAGUUGAAAAACCCCUCUGACAAGAUCCUGGUGCUGUGUUCACAAGGUGUCCAGGCAAAGUGGAGGGCCAUGUGUGGUCAGAGGCCAGUGAUGCUGAGGGAAGACAUCACCUCCCCCACAGAUGAUAUGCUUACUCCCUUUCUUAACCUCUUCCUAACUGACAUGCACCAGGCAGGUAUGCGGAGCAAGUACAUGGUAGCUUACUUUGGUGACAUUGGCAGCGAACUAGACGUGCCAUCGGUUUUUGACAUUGCCGUCAAAUAUAAUCUGAUGAAGCACUUUGAAGAGCUGUACUUCCGCAUCUUAGACAUUGAAAAGUAUCAGCCAGGUCGUGUUAACCACAUUGAGGGAAUUGGUGGAGAUGAAUAUUUCCACUGUCCCUCAGGUAGAGACCUGAAAAAAGCUAUUGAAGCCUUCCAGGCCUACCAGACGGAAAAUCCCGAUUGGUUUGAGAGGGAGUGUGUAGACAAUGAGGAGGAAGUCAUUGCUGAAGUCAGCCCGCUCAUUGACCAGCUGCAGAUCCCUCCUGUCCUAGAGUGUGUCCCUGUGAUCAGAGAUGGGCUUCCUGUCUUCAUUCAUGAGGUAGAAAUCAAUGAAAAUUGCAACAGCAUUCACAUUCUUACACCUGAACUGAACCCAGAGCACCAGGUAUCAUCAGUGGCAGAACUUCUACCAAUAGUGAAUCCUGAGUGCAAACAUCUAUCAAGCCUGGAUGAGGUGUUGACAGAUCAUCUGUAUCCUCAUAGCCCCAGUCCAGCUUCAGUCUAUAGCGCAGAGCCUGUUUUGAACAAAUUACCACCACCAAGGCAGGACUGGCUCUCCCUCAGAGAAGAACCCUUGGGGCAGCUUCCUACUGAGGAUGAUGAUGAGGAUUCUUUACUGCCUAUCAAUCAACCCUUUGCCCAUUUUGACCAGAGAAGCUCAACUCCACAGAACUCUCUGAGCUCAAAAUUUCCAGAACCCUCAUGUGCAAACAUACCGAGUGAGUAUUUCCCUUCCUCUGAAACCAGCCACCCCCAGCCUAUGGAUAUGGAGGGGGACGAGGGUGUGGAUUCUAGAAAAGGUCCAAACAGCGGAUCAGAUCAGGGCUACAGCUCCAAAAUAUCCUCCCAGCAUGAACCCCCUUUCAAAGAGGAUCCACUUGUGACUUUGAUGAGACUGCAGCAGCAGCAGUUUCUGCAGAAUCCCAGAUACUCUGACAGAGACCCAGAAGAGUCAUAUGAGCAUUAAAGCUACUAUAGACAGAAAUCUUGAAAAUGUACAGCUCUCCCUCCACAAUUUUUCCAUAUCUGUUCUAAGCCCCUCCCAUCAGGCAAGUAUGUGCUGUAAUCAUUUGUGGGCUCACCUGGGAUUUGAACCCUGUCGACCACCUAACCCAUUGGACCCCCACAUCCUGUUCUCUCCAUGGACUUUGACACUAAUUGCUGAAAAGCCUGGUGAUUGAUUGAAACCUCCUGUUAUGGGCUGCAGUUCCUAAAAUCUGAAAAAACAGCCAGGAGGAGGUGAAGAGGUGUAGUUACCUUUCAGACCACUUGACGUAUAAUAUGCUGAAAGGUUACUAUGUAUUUUCUGCUCAGUGGCACCAUAGAAAUACUGACUACCCCAAGUUUAAGUACUGGAUCUUCACUAAUUUUAUCUGAUAUUACAGAUGUGUGUCUGAAAUAGGAGUGUGCAAGAGCUUCAGACACUGCAUAUAAAAUUGGAUAGCACUAACAGUGUGGGGCUCAAAUGUUGCAUAUUUAAUGUUUCAUGAUGACUUUCUGAAUACUACAUCCCAAACAGUUUUAAUACAUUGCUUUUAAAGACAACAUGAUCAUGCCCUCCUAGGACCAUGAUGCAGACACGGUAACCAGCACAGUAGACUUCAACUUUGUGAGUUCAGUCAACAUUCAAGUUUUAAUUCAGAAUUCAGUUUGAGGAGUGUCUGGUAGCUCAGCAGGUUGAGCGGGCGGCCCAUAAUCACCACCUGGAUGGGCAACAGCACCCAGCAGGACUUCUUGGCCCUGAGGAGGGUGGUCAGCUUGGCUGAGAACCAUCAGAACCAGCCUCCCCAACCUGCAGGACAUUUACAACAAACGCUGCAGGUUAAAGGCCAGGAAGAUUGCUAGUGAGCCCAGGCUGUCCACCUGCUGAACCUGAAACAAUAGACUCAAUACACAAUCAACCUACAAAUUCUGUUCAAUACCCUGUUCAAUAUCGUGUGCAUUUCUCACCUUGUGUGUUUUUAAAAAAAAAAAAAA